AUGGCAUCAAAUUGGAAAACAUGUGAAAAUGGGGGGACACAUGAUGGCAUCAAAUGUUUGUGCCUUAGCAAUUUCUAUGGGCCGAAGUGUGAGUUCCCAGUUGAAGACAUGCCUUUUGAAGUAGAAAGUGUGCCCGUGACAAUUGAAGUCCAAGUGAAAAUCACCAACAAGGAGUUCGUUCCAGAGCUCGAGAACCAAGAGUCCGAAGAGUAUAAGAGCUUGGAAGAGGAAUUUAAGAUGCAGAUGGACAAUGUUUAUCAGGGCGUCUCUGGAUACCAAGGUGUGGUGAUCUUAAAACUGAGGAAAGGCAGCAUUAUCGUGGACCACGAAGUCAUCAUUAAAGCUGUAAUAAACAACGAUGUGAACAUCAUUGACAAAACUGUCCAGAACUUGACCGAGGUCGUGAGGAAGCAGCUGACUGCUGUCAACUCCACUCAGGAGGAAUGCAAUACGGGGAACUCAUCAUUUUGCUUUUCAGCUCCACCUGACCCUAUUCUGAGCGCAAGCACAAAUUUUUCAGCUGAAGCCGCUUGCAGAAAAAACAUCGAUCCCAGAUAUGCAGACUACUAUUACCCCGAUAACUCAACAGGCACGCUGCGCUGUAUCUCCGACUGCACUAAGGACACCAAAAACACCAUGAACUGCAACAAUGGCUUAUGUAGCUUAUCUGAAAGAGGCCCUUACUGCAGGUGCAAUGAUGUGGAGUCCUUUUGGUACAUGGAUGAUCGCUGCCAAACACCGAUCCGAAAGAGUGAUGUCGGCUUUGGGGUUGGGCUGGCUGUCCUCGCAGUGAUCAGCAUCGUCCUGGCGAUGUUCCUCCUCAGAGCCAGACGGAGGAAGUCUCGUUCUAGCUUCUCCGAUGAUGCUGAGGUCUGGUAUGAGGAAGAUGAGGAAGAGUGGAAGCCCUCAGGAGGUCUGACCAUCAUGAAUGAAGGAGCUGCCAAUGAAGAAAGCCAAGACAGAAACAGGAGUUUCCAGGUCUCUCUGGACUCGGUUGAUACGACGACACAGAUGCAGUUCCAAAAACCAACAGCACUGACCAACUGUUGAUCCCAUCCUAGAACACAUCCUGGAAAUUCGACUGAAUUACAUCAAGGACCCUGAAAGCCCAAUGCUAACAGUCAGACUAUAUUACAGUUGUCUACAUUCCUUCCUGGGAGAGAGUUUUGGGGCUUGGAACAAAUGGAAACUUAAACCAGACAAGACAAAGGUGCUCUUGGUCAGUCAGAAGACAGAACAGGGAAUAGGGAUAUUGGAAACUGGUUGUUGUUUUUUUAUGACUGCUCCUAGACUUUGAAACUCUCUCCAUACAGAACCUAGACUUGCUGUCUCCUUGUUGUCCUUCCACUGGCUAAUGAAGACUUUCUUAUUCCAACAGUGCUGUUGGGAAGUGACUGUUUGUGAGAAAAGGGCAGACACAAUGAUGUUUUUUAUUGUAAUUAUCUGUAUGUUCUAACAAAACAUACACACACCCUUCCCUUGCAUGCGAAGACAGGCUCCAGCAGAUUGAGCGGACGAGAUCGAUAGUGUAUCCGAUGGUCCACAAGGCAGUUUCUCCACGUACUGUACAGGGAAGUGAGGGGCAGAUGUGGCUUGUCAACCUGGAAGGUAGCCCAUAUAAGAGAAGGGAGAAACUGAUUCUAAACCUCCACUGCCUUGCAAGAUAUCCUAGGGAGAAGAAAAAGCUAAGGAGUGAAGCCUGUACAAACCUGAAGUCCCUAAGAAAGUUGGAUGGCUCCUUGUACACCUCCUUCUGGCAACUCCUGCAGCCAAGUUGAUGCCAAACGUCUUGCUCUGCUUUCCUUUGGAC